AUGAAUCUCCGCCAACAAAUCACUCAGUUCUUAUCACUCGCGUAUGUCUUUUCUUCUGCUUUUAUGCUAUGGAAGACCUUGUCGGUAGUGGCAAACCUGCAUUCGCCAAUUGUUGUUGUCUUAUCGGGAUCAAUGGAGCCUGCUUUCCAAAGAGGCGAUAUAUUAUUCUUAUGGAACAGAGAUCAAAGGCAAAAGGUUGGUGAUAUCGUUGUUUACGAGAUUGAAGGGAAGAGUAUUCCAAUUGUCCAUCGUGUGUUGAGAGAACAUCAUAAUCUGGAGAAACAAUUGUUGUUGACCAAAGGUGAUAACAAUGCUGUUGACGAUUUGUCAUUGUACGCGAAAAAGCAGAGCUAUCUUAAUCAGAAGAAUGACCUCGUGGGAACAGUCAAAGCAUACUUGCCAUUCAUUGGGUACAUCACUAUUUUAAUUAGCGAAAACCAGUAUUUCAAAUUUGGACUACUUGGUUUAUUGGGUAUCUCGUCGUUAAUAAGUGGAGAGUAG